UGCGGCUGGGCCAGCGAGUACGACUACGUCAGCUACCAGUCCGACCUGGGCCCCUACCCGGGUGGGCGCUUCUACGCCAAGCCCCACCAGUGCGUGGCCAUCCCCGCCGACCUGCGGCUCUGCCACAGCGUGGGCUACGACAAGAUGGUGCUGCCCAACCUGCUGGACCACGAGACCAUGGCCGAGGUGACCAGCUGGGUGCCGCUGCUCAACAAGAACUGCCACAUGGGCACCCAGGUCUUCCUCUGCUCCCUCUUUGCCCCUGUCUGCCUGGACCGACCGGUCUACCCGUGCCGCUGGCUCUGCGAGGCCGUGCGCGACUCCUGCGAGCCUGUCAUGCAGUUCUUUGGCUUCUUCUGGCCCGAGAUGCUCAAGUGUGACCAGUUUCCUCAGGACGAUGUCUGCAUUGCCAUGACGGCUCCCAAUGCCACUGACGUCUCCAGGCCCAAAG